AUGGUGUACGGUAUAUCCGUCGGCUAUCAUUACGCUCAAAAGGAACUCACGUCUUUUGCAAUGUCAUCAAGAUCGACCACGGAAUCCACGGUGGUCGGCCGAAGAUCAGGACAAGACAGUCAGCCUGUUGUACGACUAGUCGCCGUCAACCGAUCAGAAGUAGAACACGCGCCUGCGCCUAUACUUGAAAUAUAUGAAACCAAAAAACCUGGACAACAAGUUUUUCUAGAAAAAACAGAAACCCCAAUCAUUGUUCUCGAAACAGAAAGACCACCACGAGAACCAGAGCUAUCUCCACAUGAACGAGAUAUUUCACGAAGACUAAUUGGCAGAUUUCGUCGCUCAAAAAACAUUACAUCUACAAGCAUUCCCUUCCUAAGGCCACUAAAUAGUACAGAACCACCAAUAUUAUUAAGUGCCAAUGCGGCU